GGGAAGGGCCUAAUGUAGUUAAAAAUUGUAAUACCGUUUUUUUCGCGAAAAGGUAACGAAUAAAAGUUAGCUUAAAUUGAAAGAGAAACAGUGACGAAGAAGUUGCGCUAUUGUUGUUCUUUACAAUCUAUUUUGUAAUAAAGAUUCGCUAGUUGCCAAAUAGAUCGCUAGAGAAAUGUUUUUUUUUUUAAUGUGAGAAAGAACAUGAAUUUUAUUUGCGUAACGCACUGUAUUUUCCCACAUCGCUUAUCGGGGUUGCGUGAUAUCGAAUGCUCGCUACGUGGUCACUCACCGCGUGCGUGAGAGCAGCGACACUCACGAUGCGCGACGAUUCGGUGAAGCUUUCGGCGGUUGCUAGGUAGCAGCGAUGGAGACGCAUGGUGAUUCUAGUGCUGCCGAUGACCGAUUCUCAAAACUGAAGUUGUGUUCAAGCGUGCUACGGGCGGAACGAGGAUGGAACUCAACAUCCUGACACGAACACCAGCACCAAAAACCGGAAGUAUGUUUCUCGGUCAGAGGAAAACUCACAAGGAAGGAGUCACUCCGCUGUCAGUCGGUAAACGUACGGGUAACGAAUCGGUAGUGGUCGUCGCCCGUCGUCGUGGUGGUGUGUGCGCUCUCGCAGUCCAUGGCAUCCGGAGAGGUGCGUGCAGAGGUGUGGGAUAGCUGAGUGGGAUAAUAAUGAAAAAGAACUGUUCAGCGAUCCAGGGAACGAUGAGCGCGCAAAGGAUGUAAGAAGAAAAGUGUUAUUACCACCAGGAGACGGCUAGUGUAAAUGUGAUAAACGCUCCCGGAACGACACCCGGAUUCCUUGGCACACGCAGACACAAGGCGACCCUCUGCCACCAGUAUCGAUUAUGCGUAUCGCGUGAGGGAAAAGCAACGAGUACGAUCCAAGCAAGCGGUGGCCACCAGAACGUUGACAACGGAGCAACGAGUCCGCUGCUGGUGCUGCUGGUGCUGGUGUCGCUGGUGUUGCUGAUGGACGGGAGAGUCUGGUGACCUAAAAGCUUGCCAACGAAAAGCGCUUUGCUCUGUGCGUGUGUAUGUGGUGUGUACCGCGUGUCUACGGUCGUCUGUCUUCCCUUAGUACGUGUUUCGUGGUGUGAGUGUGUGUACACCAGUUGAUGUGUUUACUGUACAGGAUAAAGAGCGCGGUGCGUGAAGAAAAUGGAGACGGGUUAAUGGUGAGAUGUGAACCGACUGAUAGUGCGGCUAUUUUUAAUUGAAUCCUCCUUCCCGGUGAACUGAGCCCGCGAUUCCUGGUGCCUCGCUAUCCUCGCUCCGCAUCCUUGGCUAGCUCCCGUUCCACUGUGCUACACAUCCAUCCGGAAUCGAGUUCGCGACUCGCUGGGUCCUCCGACCGGACCACCGACGACAUCAUCAUGCUACAAUCAAGCAUAAUACUUCCGGCGCUGCUGCUGCUGUUGCUGUUGCUGCAAUUUCCCAGUCAGCUACAUGGUGAAGGAAUACGGGCCAAAUUCGCCAACUACGAAACGAAGUUCAUAAACGACUUCAUCAACUUCACCCGCCCGGCCGGAGAUAUCAUGGAACCGAUCUACUACGAUUACGACGGCGGCACUAAAACGUCAGACUACGAAACGGGCAUGACACUGGGUGGCAUACCGAUUCCGGAGGAAACACCGGGCCGCUCGGCUUUGGCAGCUGGAGAAGUAACGCGACCGCCGGACAUUUUUCCCGAUCCGGACAAAAUUUACGCUUCCUUCAUUAACAAGAGUACGAUGAAGCGGAACCGAUACCCUGGGGAGGAGAAUGUGAUAAAAGUGUAUUCCUCGAAAUCCUUACGCAAAUCGCCACAGGCACACACGACCGAGGAUGAGAGUUCCUUCGAUAAUAACAACGACAUGAAGGGGCACGAUUUCAUCGACAACAUCAUGUACAUCUACUACGGUACCAAUGGGAAUCUGCGCAAGGAUCUCGGCGGCAAUGUGAUCGUGAUCGGGGCCGUCUUUGCGCUCGCCCCUCAGAUACUGACCAUCAUCAUACUGUUCCUGCGAAAUCGACGUCUCCGUCACUUUAAUGCGUUCUAUCCGAUCUGCCUGAACCUGCUGCUGGCGCUGAUCGCAUCGAAUUUGUCCUUCAUUUUGGGCGUGCAGGCAACGCGAAAUGUGAUCCGGUGUGAGCUGAUUGCACUGCUGCUGCACUAUUUGCAUCUGAGUACGAGCAUCUGGUGCUUCAUCUACAUCUACGUGAUCUACGAUCUGAUUGCGAACGAGUGUACGCCGAAGCUGAAGUACCACUACCUGAUGGGGUACGGCAUUCCGGCGGUGUACGUUUUGUUCUCGUACGCCUCCUCUAUCGAUCGGUUCGAGGUGCAUCGUUACUGCUGGAUGUCGAUCCAGAAGGGUAUGAUCGUGAGUUUCAUGGUGCCGAUCUCGUUCCUCAUCAUACUGACCACCGUGCUGGGAACGCUGAGCCUCAAGCGUAUCUCCACCAAGCAGACGGAGCUGCUGUGCGAAAGCAUUGAAAGCAUAAUCGAAACGACGUCCAAGUGUAACGACAUUAUCUAUCCCCGAUUACCGUCGUUGGCUGGCGUUAACAUGGCUAUGGUGUGCCGAAGCAAUAGCUAUCCACAGCUGGAACAGGUGAAGGAUCGUAACGCGGUGUGCUGCCAGGAGUACGCUGAUUGUGCCAAUCGUCACUCGGUGGUCACAUUGCCACAGCCAGUCACUACCGCCGGAAUGUCCACCGCCGCGGCCGUCAGUCAGUAUGCGAUGAACGCAACGAAGCGUUCGUUCGAUUGUUACGACACAAGGAUCGAUUUGGGACAGCUGUCCCUGGCGGAGCUAACCACACCGAGCAUGGCGUCGGAUGUGCAGGACUUUACCGAGUUCAAGAAGGCGAUCAAGUUCGGGCUGUUCUUCCAGCCGAUCUUCUCCGUGUGCUGGUUCCUGGAGGUGAUCGCACUGGAGAAUGUGCACUCGUGCGUGAUGCCGGUAAUAUUCGCCAUCAGUUUCAAUAUUCUGAACUGGUGCAUGCUGGUACGCUCCUCGAACGUUUGUCCGUACGUGAGCUCCACGAUGGAGAAAACGCUGGAAAGCCAGCAGGCAGCAUCGUGUGGCGAGUCGCUGAACGGUACGAUUGGCCCCGGUGGUGAUAACGACCCCACGCAGACAAGCGUCUGCACCGAUACGAUUCCAUUGCUUUGUGCUUCCAACAGUGGAUCCACUGUCAUCAGUCCGAGUUCUACCGUUUGCGCUUCGCUGAAGGGUUCCGGCGCGACGGUUGCUACCGUACCGCGCAAGUUCUCGGCCACUUCCAUCACCGACGACCAGCAGCAGCAGCAGCAACCACUGUUCUACAGUAACUUCAUCGGAACAACCAACGUGCCCAUGUCCUGGGAGUCGAGCAUCGAUUUGGGUGCUUACCAUUUGCACGAAACGAAGAAUGCUGACUGUAUCAGUACGAUCAGCAAUUGAGACGAUCGUCCGUAUGGGGACGUUUGGUGAAGAACUUUUUGUGUGCGGGAAUUGUAACGAUCGCGUGAAGAGCGUUGACUAAAAAGGGAAAUUGUUGGAACUGGAACCAUAUCAAGGCACGAUACUACUAGCAAGUUGUGAAACACGUUGAUGGCUACGGUCGUGGGCUGAUCCUAGAUCGGCUGCGGACGGUACCAUUUAGUUUUGUGAUAACGGUGUAGCGGAUAGAU